CUGCCGACGUGCGAGGGUCGCACGAGUGAGCGACGCGCGAGCGCUGCGAUGGCGCGAUGAAGACGUGCGGGCGCGCGGCGUUUUGCUGGGCCCUGCUGUGCCUCGCGGGCUGCCUGGCGGCGCCGCGCCGCCUCUACUGCGAGCGGGCGGACGUCGCCUGGCGCGCCUACCGAGCCCCCGCCGCCUUCGAGGCGCGCGUGCAGUCGCUGGCGCGCGACGCCGCCACCGUGCAGGUGCGCCGCGUGCUGCGCCGCCAGGGCCGCUGGCCGCACGAGGACGCCGUGCUGCGCCUGCGCCUGCCGCGCGAGGCGCAGGAGUGCGCCGGCCGCUUCGAAGUGCCGCUGCAGAACAGAAAGAACUAUAUCGUGUUCGCGGAGCGACAGGGCCACGCCGCCGUGGCGCUGGGCCCGCCGCUGCGCCGGACCGCCAAGUUGUUGCGGAGGAUCCGCGCCGUCUACCGGCCCGGCUACAGUAGUCCAGCACGGAUCGAGCCAAUGCAGUCCGUGCGAGCGACGCGCGGCGGCAAGGUGAAGCUCGAGUGUCGAGCGAGCGCCAGGCCUCCGCCCCGGAUAGCCUGGUACAAGGACGGCCGGCCCGUCGCUGACAUUGCUUUAAGGAGAUUCCGAGUGCAGAACUAUAGGAGGCGCUCGGUUUUAGUGAUAAGGCAUGCGCGUCGCGAGGACUCCGCGACGUACGAAUGCAGGGCGCAGGGCGCGGUGGGGCCGCCCGCGGUCGCCGCCGCCAACAUCAGCGUGCUGCCACCGGCCACCAUGGCGCCAGACACUCCCACUGGCGCCCCGUGCCCGAUGCCCGACCCUGAGUCCUACUGCCUCAACGGAGGCACUUGUUUAUUCUUUGAGGCCGUUCAGGAGCAAGCUUGCAAAUGCCUGGAAGGCUUCACCGGGCAACGCUGCGAGGUCAAGGACGUGUUGAACAGGAACAGUAUGUAUCAUUCCUACACGUGCAAGCUGGGCCUCUCCACGUCCUACUACUGCUAGCCAGCGUCGCGCCGGCGCGGGCGCAUCCCACCUUGUUCCAUUUUUAUCUUAGCAUCGCUCGCACUGGGCGGGAGACAUAAAACAUGGACUGUGGAAAUAUUCGUUCAGAGGUCUUAGCCUGAGAUCUAUACAGCGUACUCUGACUUAAGUUUCAGUUAAAACGAGACAGAUUUAUGCCAGCGGUAUAACGCUCUCUCGUUUUAACAGUGUCUUAAGUCUGAGCAAAGUUAAAGUGCGGUCUAUAGAUCUCAGCCUAAAUAAGUGUCCUGAUUUUGUGAAUACAAAACUUGUUGUUAAUUCACUUGACUGGUGCCUGCCCCCUUCAAUUCAUGGCAUUUCUAUUGCAACUGUGCAUUAUAACCUACCAAUAUACCUAGUGAGAGAAUGUCAUAUAAACCUCCAGAUUCUCUUGAAAUUGUUACAAUCUAAGUGCAUUUUAUAUCGUCUUUGACACUACAUAUUUUAUACAAAAACUGGUAGGUACUUAUUUUAUUUACAUCCAUGUUUUAUGUCUUCACUAUAAUCUCUGUAAGACUAUGAAGAUAUUUUAUGAUCCUAAAUUUUUCCAACCAACACUUUAUGUUCUUCUAUGAUUGUUAUUAAAAAAGUUUUUUUUUUAAGUAAGUAUAUUGAUACGUACAUAAAAUAUUUUCAUAGUCCACAGACGUUUAGCGAAUUUAGACAAUGCUUGAAUAUUAUAAUAUUUAAUUAUUUGCAUAAGUGAUUGCAAGUUUUUGUUAUUAGGGCCAGCUGUUUGAAAGGCCAUUUUAGGUUUUUCUGUUUGGAAACUCGUGUGUCUCGUACGUUAAACGAGAAAACAUGUAGCUUCUUCUAUUUAUUUAUAAUAGAAAAUAGUCCUUUAUACCAUGAAUUUGCCGCGUUUGACUUCCCUUUACCCUUUAAUUUCAGUAAAAGCUUUAAAUUAUUGUAGAUUAAUAUAAAAUAUAUAAUUUAUGAAUAGCUGGCCCAGUGAGAUUAUAAUUUUAAGUAAACUAUUAAAUAUAACUAGCACUGAUACAUUUUUUUCGUAACUUUUGUCGGUCAUGCAAAAGCGUAGGUCAGAAAAAAUAUCUUCCACUGACUCCGAAGUUAAUAAAUAACUAUUAAUGCAAAUAAUUUUCAUGAGCUAAAGAGCCAUUGUGUUCUAUUAGCCUUAUGUUUGCUCAUGCAAAAUAAAAUGAAGAUGAAAAUGCUGGGCUUAGUAUAAGAUUUUACACCUCACCAUGCAAUGCUGAUAGUAGCUACUGAAGUAUCGAUACUUCAGCGUUAAAGUAAAAUGGUCUUAACUGCCUGACCAUAUAUCUAGGUACAGCUAGCACUUCAAGUAAAUAAAACAAAUCUGAACUCAAAUAAAAAGACUCCGUUCGUCAAAACUCGUGUUUUUUGGAUAAUAAGCAGACUUUAGAAGAACCUCGAGAGGUCCUCUCUAAUUUUACAGAAUUUUAGGUUGACGUUCCUUAAUUUCGAUAUUUAGUGCGUACAACAGAACAGCUUUUGUUCUCUAAAAUCUAAAUUGUAUAGUUUAGUGCUGUCACAUUCAAUUUUAAGUUAGACCCCUCAUUUAAGAAUAGCACAUCUCUCUAAGUGUAAUAUAAAGGAAUUUUUAGCAAAAUGCUGACAGAAUCGACACCAUUAUGAAAUUAAAAUAGGUGAUUCUGAAUUUUUUAACUUAAGUAAAGUAUUUUUAUGUAUAUUUUACCUUGACGUUAUUAAUUCGUUUCGACUCACGAAUAUUUCAACGUUAGUCAGAUGUAAAAUCUCAUACUAAGCUCACGGAUGUGUUUCUGCAUUCAGAUGUUACGUUUUACUCCUGACGUAAGAGGUCACGUGUAUUUUUCGAUUUGUACUCGAAGUUGUAAAUAUUUUACACUUAUUUGUAAUUUUUCAAUUUUUUUAUUUUGUUAUUAACUCGUAAGGUUUGAUAACUGAUUUUAGUAGGUAAAUAAUAUUAUUCUGAUGAAGAGACUUGCAAGUUAUGUACAUAUCUAUUAGGAUAGGAUUUUUUGAUAACACUUAACAUAAACAGACUACCCCGCCCUGCUCGCCUAGUUGUUAAAAUGAUUAUUUAAUUUACUUGCUUACAAUAUUUGCAUAAUUUUAAUUGAAAAAUUGGCAGCUUUUAAACCUUAAAAAUAUAUUUUUAAUUUCAUUUAAUUUUGGCUAAUACCUGCCUAUUCUUUGUGAAUAAUUAAAUUCAAGAUUUUUAACUGCUAAGAAUAAUUAAAACUUUUUAAAGCGAGCGAAAAAAUAGCUACAUAACAAUAGUUAAAUCAGUUUUUAACCUCCUAAGCCCGAUGUACUCCACCUAGUCAAACAGCAGUUUUAAUACAUAAAAACCCUAGAUAGGAAUAUAUAAAUAAAUUUUAUAUAUAAAGGUAUACAAUUAUACGAGUGUGGAUUUGGAUGGAUGCUUGUGGAUAUAGCGAAUGUCUUCUGACAACUUUUUCUUGUUACGAACGAAUGGAUUGCUUAAGUCAGAGAAUAACUAAUGAAAUUAUAAUAAAAUUAGAGCAAGAUCCCGGUAGAGCCAGACGUGGCUUAUUUUCUGAGUAACAAAAGGUGUGGGAUAGUUGUGUUAAUUUUUUUUAGAAAAUUAGAUGUCUGGCACCAGUAGCAUCUUGAACCAAAUGAUUUAAUGGUCGGCAUUGUAUGCUAAAAAAAUGAAUACCUAAGUUUUUAUGAAAAAAUGGUUUUAUUCGAACGCAAUAAGGAAUAACCAAGAUAAAUAUGAAUAUCGAUUUAUCGUUGAGAAAAAUUAAUCAUUAUCGAUAAAGCACUAAAGCUUACUUGGUAUAAAAUAUAGUUGUUGGUAUAAAUAGUAAUUAAUAACUCGGAAUAUGUAUUAUAUUACGAAAAUUGCGUAGGUAAAUGGGUUCAAGGCAAUACAAUUUUAGGGAAAAUAGCUACAAUUUAAAUUAUGCUUAAGCAAGAAUUUAUAUUUUAUUUACGAAUACCUAUUUACUACGAAUACGGUACACAUGAGUUAAUUUAUUUACGAAUACAUUAAAUUGGUACGAAUACUUUGGACAUGAGGAUAAAUGUUGAACUUUUUUCAUUAAUUAUUCUAUGACUGUAAGUACUUACUCGCUAUAGGGGACCGAAAUUAUUCAAUUUACGGUUUCGUUGUAGUUUUUACUAUUAUUCAUUUUGUAUAAAGUUCUUCUAUAAGUUCACUAUUUAUAUUAUAUAAUUUUAAUUAACUAGAAAAGGGACUAUUUAUUUUAAUUCAGUUUGUGGAUUGUAGGGCAUUACAAUAAUUUUUAUUUAAGUAAAAUGACGUCUUAAUUGACUUAGUUAACUAAACAUUUCUAGGUUUUAGAUUUGUCUUCAGUAAAGCGAAUGACGAAUUUUUUCAUUUCAGGAUUUCAAUUUUUUUAAUUCAAACCGAUGGGUAGGUAUGUCUUUUAUGACGUCAUUUUACCUAAUUUUAGUCUCACAACAAAUACUAAGAAGAAAAAUAUUGUUUUAAUGUAAAGAGGAUACCAAAAUCACAAUAAAAGAAUGAGUGUUGGAAUUAACAGAAAGGCGAUAAUU